AUGAUCUCACCACAGAGCAAAGAGGACAGGGACAUCUGCCUCACCCAGCAAGAGAGCAACACCUUCAGAGUGAGGACCGCAGACAUGAACAGGAGACACAGCGCUGAUGGGACAGGGUUAGGAUCAGCAUCUGGACGAGGCCCUGUCGACUCUGAUCGUUUCCAUCCGUACAGUCGACAGUUCAGCGAUGGAGCAGUGCCGGCUGCGGGUUGCCUUCAGCAGUCCUCCUUCAGCUGUCUGCAGGACGUGUGCAGCCCUGACACUCGUUCACGCGGCUCAAACGGCGAGGUGCCAACAGCCUGGGAGCAGUACAACGGCAGCGCUCAGAGUUCAUACCCAAAACCACCAACUCUACCAGUGGAGCCCUUCAUGUCCCAAAGCUAUUCAUCCUACAGCUCAUCAAGCCCUCUGCAGCAGGUCUCAUCUAAACUGUAUCCUAAUAGUGAACAGUCCAGCAGCUCAAAAUACUCUCUCCAAAGUCUCUCCACUCACUCACACCACGAGAGCAUGACACAGUCCCUCUUCCCCAAGCCCAUUUACUCAUACAGCAUCUUGAUCUUCUUGGCACUGAAGAACAGCAAGACAGGAAGCCUGCCAGUCAGUGAGAUCUACAGCUUCAUGACUGAACACUUCCCAUAUUUUAAGUCAGCUCCUGAUGGAUGGAAGAACUCCGUGCGUCACAACCUCUCCCUGAACAAGUGCUUUGAGAAGGUGGAGAACAAAAAUGGGAACUCGUCCCGCAAAGGCUGUCUGUGGGCUCUCAAUCCGGCCAAGGUGGAGAAAAUGCAGGAGGAGCUGCACAAGUGGCGUCGCAAGGACCCCGUCAGUGUUCGCAGGAGCAUGGCGAGACCAGAAGACCUUGAUCGUCUACUGGGGGAGAGACCAGAGAAGUUCAGGUCUUUGCCAUCUUACACCAACUCAGGUCUGUUAUCCAGAGUGGCCCCCAUAUACAACACCGCCUCGUCAUCUUGCACCCCGGCCCCACUUCGACCGCCCUGCUUCCCGAGUCGCCGUCCACAGUAUGCCCACGCUCAGCUUCAGCAACCCUACUACCUUCCCCCUGCUGCUGCUCACCCCAGCAACUCAUUUGCCCUGUACUCACCCUGUGGACAGCAGCCAGCAGCUGGCAUCCCAUCAGCCUCUGGAAGCUUGCACUCCCCUAUGGCUGGUAAGAUGCCACCUGUGUACAAUGGCACCCUGCAGGCUGAGUACAGCUCCAGGAGCAUGCAGGACCUGCUGUUGGAGGGAGAUGCCAGUUAUGACAUCGACACGCUGAACCCCAGUCUGACAGACCUGCAGCUGCAAGGUAACUUGUGGGAGGAGUUACGGGAGGACAGCCUAGUGUGCGAUCCCCACGUCGCCAACACAACCCUGUCCACGACCUCUGCCCCGCAGGACCACCACCAUGUCCAGACCAGCUGCCUGCAGGUCACAUCUCCUGUCACUCAGACGUCAGAGGUGACUGCCAUUGGUCGAAGAAAAGCUGAAAACGAGGAAGAAAACACGGGCAGAAACUUUGAGCAGCGUGGCUAUUUAAAUGGAUUUCAUCCUGUGGUUUAUUCGGGGGUGGAGAGUCUGACUGGGUAUCUGACCUCUUGCACCACAUCCAUCUCAUUAAUGUAA